AUGAUGGAAGAUUUGAUAUUCUAUUUCGUCGAUUCCCCUGCUCCCAGGUGCCAGGAGAGGCAUGAAUGUAAGAAAUUCUUUGAAGACGCGUCCAAAGCAUUGACCCAGCAUGCAGAGAUUACAGUCGACCAAGCUCGUGAGGACCUGACGGUUCUUGCCCAGCGAAUCGUAGGUCUAAAAGAUCGCUGCUACCGCAUUGAGUGGUAUGCCAAGUUUGGCUGUGCCAUUUUGUUCAAUCGAGUCGAUGUGUCGACCUUAGUGAUUAAUGUCAUUGGGUUGGAUGGUUGGACGAACAAGGUUCAUGCUUGGAUGGACGGAAGACAAGUUACAGCAGUCCCGGACGUGGCCAAUCCUUCCAUCAAACCACUGGGUGAGAUUUCUCCGGACAGAGUGGAGGAACUGUUCGAGACAUUCGCAGAAGUUAUGACACAAAGAGCCAAAGAGAACAAAAAACUUCACCACACCUCGGACUUCCUCUGGGCGAGAUUUGUCGAGUCCCUUGCGAAGAUGAAGUUGGUUCCUGACCGUUACGAACAUGCCGAGGAAAUGGACUUGCAAGGAGGAAGCUCAGAUCUGGGCCGUCAUACAGGGUGUCUUGAGCGGAACAUUUCGUUCCCUUUGGUUGCAUCAGUGUAUUGCGCCCUGUUGGAGUCUGAUGGUGAUAAGAAGCAUCGUGCUUUCCACAAGAUGCUUUGUGUGUACUAUUUGGAAAACCUAAGAAUCGUUUGCUCCAAGAUCACCGACUUUGAUAGACGAAAGAUCGACCGAGGAGUUGUCAUCAUUCGGGAAAUCAAAAAGGUUCUUGCGUCUCUUGAUGACAAACCAUUUUGUGAGCAUGUUGUGGAGCAAACGGAGCUAUAUUUUCAAAGGCUGUCGACUUUGCGACCGGAGAGGGAUUCUUCAGUUUGUGAUCUCCCUCGAAUCUUUGAAAUCCCAAAUGACUGCGGAGCAUUGGAUCCCUCGUUGUUCCCCGAAGUGUCUGCAAGAAAUACAGAAACUGGAGACCACGCAUCCCGUAUGGCAGCCGCACGGAAUGUCGCUAAGCGGAACCUUGGGUUCUCGAACUUGCUUGCGUAUGAUCCCCAAGAAAAUGCGAAAGCACAGGAUGUGUGGGUAGCGCUUGGUCGGAUCCAAAAAUGUUUCUGGAACUGGGCUGGAAUUCUCGUCACUGUCGACGUCGAUACAAAAGCGAUCGUUAGGCUCCUAAUGGAUCUCCAGCAACAGCAUGAGCAUGCAACGGCUUCUGUACUUGAGAUAUGCAAGUCUUGUGGUGCGCAUAUCUUGUCCGUUGAGCUGAAGAGCUGUCGAAUGCUAGUUACGUCGAUCGCGUAUUGCUGGGCUCAUCGGCUCGCGGUUGAGAGAUUCCCGCUGUUCAAAAGCUGCAAGCCAGUUCUCGACCCGAAGGAUCUGGCUCGUUUAGUUUUGCCAGAUUAUGAAGCAGAUCAAGCUAUGCAACACGUACGUCGCUUCCUUCUGCAGAAUGGUGAGGGCAGGGUGAAAUCACCUUUUCGGAAUGCAACGCACACACUAGAUCUUGCGCUGGAAGUCGGACGCGUGUCAGACUACUUGAAACGGAGACAGAAAGAGGAACAAGCCAAAGCCUCGGAAAGAAUCGACGACCGGUACAGUCGGAUCCAGGCGACGCAACGAAAACUCGAGACUCUAGAUAAUGAGCUUCGUGUUGCCAAGUCUCGUUACGACGAUGCUCAUCGUAGGGAGCAAGAGUCGAGGCGUCGUGACUACCAGUAUCAUCAUGGGACAAAGGUGUUUAAUGCUGCAUACUACGAACGUGAACAUGCUCGAGUCAAUGCUUGGAACCAAGUACUUGAGUUGGAAAGACAAAUCAAGAACGAAGAGUGGAUCCCUGAGGACACGUUUUUGCCUUUACCGAGAACCGAGAGUUUGGCACUGACAGACUUGUUCUUCCUGUUCAUGCCGAAGGAAUUCAUGUUUGUAUUUUCACUCGCUCAUGCUGUGGAAUCAGAACUGUGGAAGAGAGUGCCGGCAGCGCCGAAACCAAGUCAUGACUUGUUGGUUUGGUUCAAACGCUACAGUAGUGGAGCAAGUGGGCUCGUGGACCUCAAGAUAAUAACACUGGGCACCCACGAAGAGUGUGUCCAGUCUCCACCUGUAAAGAACAUUCGUGGAUAUGGAAGGGAAACAGGUGUCUUCUUUCCAGACUCCUAUGAUAUUGCUCAGUUCUGGGUCGGAAGCGAUCCAUUUUCAUCCAGGCGUGAGGAGGGUGAAUCAGAGCACCUCUUCACUUCGGGCCCAACAGAUCUUUCUGAUCAACACUUGAAGCGAUACAUGGUUGUGCUUGAGGAAGACCGGAGGUCACGCGGGAACCUAGGAAUCGCGAACAAGAGCGAAGCGCCAGACUGGUUGUCGCCCGAGUUUUGGUUGAUGUUCACAAGUCUGAGGGCAUUCCCACGUAGUCAGUUCCGACAGCUCCUCAGGUCCCUUAUUGACAACCUGUUACCGUUUGGCCAUCCAUGUGUUCAUGUCUUGGUCAAGCAGGCGCUCUAUCAAGUUGGAGACAAGUGGAAACGAGAUCUUGAAAGUGAUAUGCAUGUUCUUGAAAGAUUUGCAGAGCAGCUCAAUGACAAGGCGGAUCAAUUCCAAGCACCUCCAAAUGAUGUUGGCGAGCUGUUAUUGUUCGGGACAAUUGCCUCCUUUUUAGGUGGGUACGACGGUCGGCACUGUCUUGAAACCUCAAGAAAGUACACCAAAGUGGCUCGUGGGUUGGCUAAAAUGGUGGAGGGCGAAAUCCAAGAGGACGGCACCGGCAAUCCAGAUCUCUACGCAAAGCAGGCGAGGCUCUAUGCUUGUGCGUUGCUUUCUGGUUCGACUAUGGACACCGAGCCUCAGUCUCUCAUUGAUCUGCUUGAACUAAAUGUUAUUUUCAACUACAAGAAACAAUUCUGUGAGGACCGCCUCGAGUGCGGACUGAAAAGUGCCGUGCAACGCCGAAUGGGUGAGAGAAUUGCUGCAAUUGCAGCGACUGGUGAACUUAAUCCAGAGAUUCUGACCGGUUGUCUUCGGUUGAUUGGUAUAAACGCUCCUGAUUUGACAUGGACGAAGGUCUCCUACGCUGAAGCAACAGACACGGCGUGUUUUGAGGCAGAAGCCGAUCAUCUUUACUCGAUCAACCUUCUCAACGGCACUGUGCUGGUCAAUGGCGUUCCUCCCCGAUUCCUGCCGCUGUCAAUAAUGGAACACGAACUCUACGUGAGAACAUUUCAAGAACGAACGUUUGAGUGUAUUGACGACGAAAGUGGCGACGGUUGCUUCAAGACAACUGGUGCUGCCGGUGAUGCUUUUUGUUACAGCUUCAAACUGAGGAAAGGUUCAUUGGAGAUCACCGAAACCCGUGCCAGUACUGAUGGAGAGGACUCGGAAAGGGAUAUGCUCCAGUUGCUCCCGCGUAAGGUCAUGGAGAAGUUGCCAACCCUUCUCGUGGAGCCAUUCAGCCAUUGGUAUUCUCCCUUUCACGAUGCCAUCUUCUUUCGAGGUGUUCGUUACGAGGACCGAGAGAUAUCCUAUGUCAUGACCAGAGAUGCCCUCCACAGAAUUCCUCCCAGCAAAGUAAGUGGAUCACCGGAAGCUGCGAUGGCGCUCCUGGAGCACUGUCAUAGAUUGGUUUUCUCGCCACUCCCUACCUUGCGAAUUCUGUCCCGGAUCGAGAAAUGCGAUCAUAUCCUUGCUUGGGUGGAUACCAAUGCUUCAGAAGUCACGUACUCGCUGCCGCGCCUCGGCUUAAAGUUCGUUCAACGAUCCGAAGUUGUCUUUUCGACAAACUAUGAAGGGUACUCCCUGAAAGAGGGUCAGGUUCUCAACGAUACUUUGCUUGGAGUGACUUCUUACCUUGUACUGGUUGACAAACUCGAUAAAGAAAAAGUGCUGGUUCCGUUUGGCACGGUCACCGAGGGUGGAGAUGUGAGUAUUCCAGAGGCAUGGCACGUCAAGUCUGGCUGCCAUACUUUCGACAUCCAUGGGCGCUUGGGCCAUUUGCAAGCAUGUUCUAUUCUUGCAAGGCUUCAACUUGCUUGCAUGUAUGCGGCCUCUUCGUACCUCUGCGUCGAAGCUGGCCCCAUGAGAACAGGAAUGGACAUGGCAGUUGAGCUUGUACGUUACUGCUGGACUGAUGAAGUGCUCACUGAAGCUGUGCAGAAAAAAUUGGAGGAAGUUUGCAGUUGGAGCAACCUCUGUUGCACACUGCAGCUCAUGUGUCAUUGGGUGUGGAAAUCCUCGCGUCGUCUCAGCUUCUUAAAUGUGGGUUCUCGAAUUCAGUCUGAACCCGAGGAGCUGGCUUUAGUGUUGGAUCCUCUUGCGGCGAGAGAGUACACUCAAGACGAUUCAUUUGCACCAAAGCUCUUGCCCGAAGAAGAACUCUACCUUCUUGGGACUUGCCGAGAGAGAAUCAAGCUGAGGUGUCAAGAGCCCAAGCAAGACGAUCGGUUCGAUGAGCACGGGAGUACACGUACCAGUGCUUUCGUCAAAAGGGUGGAAGCUGUUCUCGAGGGAAAAUGUACUCUAACAAGACCUUCGGGCAACUCAGAACGACCAUUUCCGCUUGACUUGCCAAGAGAGGAAAAGGACGGUUUGGAAGGUCGCCUUGAUCGCGAAAGUUGGAAGGCGUUUUGUUCCCUGGAAGAUUCCCAAGGCUUAGUUGGUUCAGAGACUGUACAAGUCUGCGAAAAGUUGCUGAUGGAGACCAAGCACAAAAGGGAAGGCACAGAACAGGAAAUUCUUGAAACCAUGAAUCGACAUGAUUCUUGCCUCGAUCGAAUGGCCAUAAUGUCCGGUGCAAUCCGCCGUGCUUGUCGUCGUGACCUACUGUCUCUUGCCCUUGACUCAUCUGCUCUUCAGUCCAUCAAUCCAUCGGUUUCAGAGGAAAAUACAAAGAGCUUGCGCGUUCGAAUUCAUGAUUGGAUGCUGCUUUGUGUGCUAGAGGACAAGCUGCGAAGAGUGCAGCAAGUGGCCACUUGCAACCCUAACGAGGUUCUGGAGGAAGCCAGAUGCAAACGAAACUGGGACUCGAGGCAACACAUCGAGUGGCUUGUUUUUGAGGUGGAACAGGAAUUACAGAUUAGGCCAUUUCAGUAUUCGAUUGUCAAGCAGCUUUUGGAAAACAAUCACACCAUGAUUCAGCUCAAUAUGGGCCAGGGAAAAACCAGCGUCCUCGUCCCGAUGCUCCUUCUUGAACUUGUCAAUACAUCCCAAGAUGUGAUUCGAGUGAAUAUGCUUUCUUCUAUCAUUCAUGUCGCCAAAGAAAAGUACAAGGCAAUGCUGCAAUCAUCGGUGCAAUAUUUGAAGAUUAGGACACUCCCCUUUACACGGAGCGCCCCCCUUGACAAACACCAUCAAGAAAUUAUUUCGCAAGAAUUGACUCGGUGCGGCAAGGAGAAGUGCUGCGUGCUUGUCACACCUCAAGAUCGCAACUCCCUCUUGAUGAAGCAAUUCGACGAAGAUGGCAUGCACGUUCACGGCUUGAAAAGCAACCGCUUUGUGGAUAUUAUUGACGAGAGCGAUGUAAUUUUGCAUCAUUCUUUCCAGCAGACGUAUGCCGUUGGUUGUCAAGUGAAUCUCCCUGAUGGCGCCUCAAGGUGGAAUGUGAUUGAAGCCCUGCUCCUAAUCCUUUCGGAGAGCCCUUGUCCUGAAAUCAAAGAUGCAAGGGAAGAUCGUUCGGCAGUGCACAAGGCAGUGUCGGAAGUUGGCACGUUUCCCAAAUUGCGGCUCUUACCAGGCUUUGACUGUCACAUGGAGGACGUCAGAAAGGCACUGUGUCGCGAGCUCAUCUCGAACCCCCCUUACGAACUUCAAUGGAUGGCACAAUUGAGCAGUGAGAAGGUUGAUCUUCUUGUUGCCAUCAUGUCUGACCGCGAGAUGAAUGCCUGGAACAUAAUCGAGUCAGAUGAGUUGUUCCUCGACAACCGAGGUCACAUCCUUGCUGCUAGAGGGUGCAUUGCCGGUGGAUUGCUGUUUCAUUGCUUGAAGGCGCGGCAUCGGGUGAAGUAUGGAGUUGAUCAAUGUAGGCGGAAGAUGGCCGUGCCCUUUAUUGCAAGUGAUACGCCCUCAGCCAGAUCAGAGUUCAGCCAACCUGACGUCGCCAUCAUAUAUACGUAUCUGUCCUACUAUCAUGAUGGAUUGUCAAUAAAUCAACUGAAGGAGGCCUUGGUUCAGUUGCAAGCGCUGGGACCUAUGGUUCAAGCAAAACGAUUUUCUUCUUGGAUUGAUGUUGUUCGGAGGAGCAUUGCUGUUUCUGAUGCUCAUGUAGAGAAGGUGAAAAAAUUUGAUAGCAUUGAGAAAGUAGACCCUGGCAACAGGUUUCAGCUGGAAUUGAUGCAUCCCUAUUUGUUUCGCUCCAUGAAGGUUAUCUCUUUUUGGCUUGACACUGUUGUAUUUCCCAGGGAAACGAAAGUCUUUCCCCAGAGUCGAUUUUCGUCUGCUUGGAACCUCGUCGACGAAGGGAGUCAGAUGGGCUUUUCUGGAACUGACGACAACCAGUACUUGCUGCCUUUCUUUGUGGAGCAGGCUGUGCAGGAAGAGCCAGAGCUGCUGGCUACCAAUGGCUUGAUGAUUGACCGCAUCUUGACGUGCACAAAUGGCGUGGAACUCCUUCCCCAAGAUGAGAACGGUAGGCUUUGGCAGGCAAUCUUGCAGAAGUGCUUGGAAGUCGAAGCUCGUGCUUUGAUAGAUGUCAGUGGGCUCAUGGCUGGCAUUGAAAACAGAGCCGUUGCAGAAGCUCUCGCAGAGCUGCUCGAAGAACAGUCUGAAUUCCGUGGUGUGCUGUACUACGAUGUUCCUUCGCGUGCGUGGAAUGUGGUGGAAUUCGACAGCACAACGCGUAAUAUUAUGCCUCUUCAAGUCUCCAGCCUUUGCGAGGCGGAGUGUUUUGCAUACUUUGACCAGAGCAGAUGCCGAGGGGCCGACUUGAAGCUUCGAUCUGAUGCUCGUGCCGUGGUCACCCUGGAGCCGAACCUUACAAAAGCCCGCUUCUUGCAGGGGUGUGCGAGGAUGCGCAAGUUGCGUCCUGGAGAGCAAUCGUUGAUCCUUGUGGGCACAGAGGAGACCCUGAAUGUGUCCGCGACCGUGAAAGGUAUCCUGGAGCUGACUAUCCGAAAUACUGUCAAGGAAAACAAAAAGGGAAUUCUUGAGUUGUAUGAACGAGGAAUGAAAUACAAGAAGUUCCCUGAUGCGAUGGAUGUGGAUGUGGCGCUCGAGGUUCUGUAUGGAGGGCCGAUGAAGAGUUAUUCCUCCAUGUCGGAUUUCUUGGACGCCACAGUGGAAUGCGAAACGGAUAAGUUUGUGAGCGAAUUGGUAGAUUUUUGUAAGUCGAAUGGAGAAGGACUCAUUGUCCAAGGAUCCCAGCUCACCGACGAGUGCGAGAGAGAGUUGGAGGAUGAAAAAGGAAAAGAAAAAGAAGAGGAAGUGGAACUUCCCAGCGUUGAACCUUACGAAGAACGAGACUGGAGAUUCGACAAAGCAUUUUCGUCGGGCAUCCUAGGCCCCGGAGUGUUCAAAAUCUCUAGCGCUGUUUCCGUUCCUGGUGUUCUGUGGAGCGGCGAAGUGUUGUGCACAGAGAACUGGAAGAACACAAUCAAAACCGCUGGACAAGGCAGUGAUUUCUAUCUCCGUCCGGUGAAUUCAUUUCUAUCCCUUCCGACUGGUAAAAUCGUUUUGAUCUCUGACUACGAAGCCGAGCGCUUGCUCCCGUACUGGUACAAGGCCAAGAACUCUUCACGGAUCCGGCUGCAGCAUCUUGCCUUAUUUUCUGCAGGUAUUUGGCUGGGCGGAGACCAAGUCGAAUUGCCAGCAUCUGUACGCACUUCUGUCAAGUUCUUCCGUGGCUAUGUGUCAUUCGAGGAGGACGAGAAACGUGCCUUGGAAAGCCUGUUUGUCAGGAGAAACCCUCGGGAAUCCAUCCAGAAAUUGUUGGAGCUGAGGUACAGAGAGCAGUUCAUGGAUCGAAGCGACUUGGACACGUUUGUUCGCCGUCGUGGCGGCUGACUGAGCUUCUAAUGACUAGUAACUAUCUAGGCGUUUGAGCUUCUACUAAAUAUAUCAUACCGUAGCUGUUGCCCUAGUCAAAGCCUCACUUAUGUCUUCGUGGAACAGAUCCCUCAAAGGCAAGCCCUUUGGCCGAGAUGUUGUGGUCCUCGAUUACAUGUAUUGUUGCCAAUCCGAAGGGCAGUUUUUUAGAAAAGACUUUGGAAGAC